AUGAAGCGAGAGAAAGUCGACGGAAACAGGCUUUCAGCUCGGACGACGAAGAUGAGAAACCAGACACUCUUCCGUACGAGAGGGCAACGCCGGAGGUUUAUAAUACGCACAGUGGACACAAUGAAGGAACUGAAUACAUCGAAAGCAGGGCGGAUGAAGCGAGCCAGCACAACGAAGCAAAUGAGUACAGUGAACAGCAUGUGUCUGAUCACUUUACUGAGCAUCAAUUGCAAGACGAAGAAGUGGAAGAGAAUCUUACGAAGCGAGAAAAUGCUGACAGCGUCGUUCCAGAACAACCGAAAAAAAGGAAAAGGGGCCGGCCCCGCAAAACGGAAACAGAGAAGAAGGAGAAAGUUGCGACCCGACGCUCCAGAAGAAUUGUGGAGAACCCAACGCUCCGGAAAAUACAUGCCCAGGAACCUCUAUUACAUUCGUUGGGCCCCAAACCACUACGCACUGUCGGAUUGA